AUGAGGGUGGAGCUGGUGCAUCAGAAGGCGCUUCGCUGGACACGGAGUCGUUGCUGCAGGAGGCCCUUGAAACAGGAGAUGGAGUGCGCCUUUGACCAGCUCUGGCACGCUUUGUACGACGUGCAGUCACGACAAACUGCAAUUGAGACCGAGCUUCAAGAGCUCCUGUGGGUGAUGGACGACUACCAUACGUUCAAGUCGAUGACUGUCUUCGAAGUUGAGCAGUUGAAGAGUGCCGAGCUCAGUCUAGGCAGAACCUUGAAAGCUGUAGGUAAUAUUGGGGUUACCGGUAGUUGCCUGGGUGUAGAUCCUCAGGGUCUUGAGUAA